AGAUCGUCCGGCGGCCGCAGGGGAGCAGCGAGAAGAAGGAAGCAGUCUCAGCGCUGUCGGUGUCCAGGAAGCAGCGACCGCCCCUCAGGUUCCCCCGGUUCCAGGCGCCGACCGGUGCGCUCCCCGCAGCCUAUGGUUCUCCUCCGGCACAUCUCCAUCGCCCUGACCGCCGCCGUGGCAGCGCUGGGCUCCGCUCUCUUCAUCGCCUUGAACUACUUCUACAAGAGGCGAAUAUGGUCACCACAAGCCGAAUACUGCACGAUCAAGGAGGAGGAGGAGGAGCGAGGGAAGCGUCAGGUCCUGGUCCUGGGUCUGGACGGGGCCGGGAAGAGCAGCAUGCUGCAGGGUUUGACCCCCGGUGAGCCGGCGGCUAAGAGAGGCUGUUGCCGGCCCACCCGCGGCUUCAACUUCAUGAGCCUCAACGCCCCCGCCUGUCAGCUGGAUUUCCUGGAGAUUGGUGGUGGGGAGGACCUGCGGCGAUACUGGUCCGACUACCUGAGAAGGACCCACGUUCUGGUGUAUGUCGUGGACUCCUCUGACAGGAACCGCCUCCCGCUGGCGAAGGCUGAACUGCACCGCCUCCUGAGGGUGGAGCCCCAGCUGCCCGUGGUGGUUCUGGGAAACAAGCAGGAUAAGCCCAAUGCUGUCAGUGUGUCGGAGCUACAUGAAGCUUUGUCUCUGGGCUCUGUGACCGAGAACAGGAAGCUGUUCCUCUUGGCUGCCCAGCUAGGGUCGGAUGGAGCCCUGAGGAACUCCUGCCAGGGCCUGGACACCUUCCAGGACCUCCUGCUCCAGCUCGUCUAAUCUCAGCUUCCCCCCGCAGAGAAGAAGAGGAGGAGGUGGAGGGUGAGAAACAAAGUGAUGGCUUAAGGACAUCCUCCUCCUCCUCCUCCACUUCCUCUUCCUUAUAUAAGCUCUGGCUUAUUGAGGCAGAGGAGGAGAUGAUGAAGGCUUCAGAGACUGAAGAGGAGGAGAUCAAGAAGAUAACAAGAUGGAGUGGAACGCCUCCCAGUACCUCCUCCUUUUCAAACAACGUCAGCUCGUUUUAGAAAAAGCGGCUUCCUCCUCCUCCUUCGGCUCAUCUCACACUUUUCUCCCGACUCGUCUCGUCUUACUCACCGGAGAAGAGGAGGCACAGAGUGAGGAGGACAAGGACAGAAGGUGGGACAGAAGGAUGAGUGUUUAUUCACAGAUCUGUGAUUCAGAUCCACAAAGGUCACCUCCUGCCAAUGAUUCAGACUUUGAACUAGUCUUAAUGUCAACCUGUUAUAGGUUUAUUUAAGCAUGUAGAUUAUACUUUAUAUAAAAUGUGAACUGCAAUAUGUCAAGAUUGUUGAUGCAUAUACAGAUUUUGCUUGGUUUGCCGUUUUCUGAAAGUCAGCAGAGCAGAACAGGCAACAUUCAGGGUUGCCAGGUUGGACUGCAUCAGCUCAGAGAAUUCACUGAGUGGGUUCAAUAGAUACUCGCCGACCUCUACACGGAGGCUUUUCCGAGAUCUAGGGGAAUUUUGUGAAGGAUUUUAAAGGGACCUGCCGCCAUUUUGAAAAGCUUUGUUAAGAUUUUUCUUUUCACAACUCUCGUCAGGUUUCUACGCUCCCAUGACUUUCAUCACAACAGCUAAAGAGCAUUUUAAGAUUCUCUGUUUGAAACACUACAGCAAUUACAGCCUACUACCAGCAACAAACCACCUCUCUAAUCUGUAGGUCCACAUCCUGCUCAACCUUUUCCCAUUAUCAACCAAAUGAAUGUGUUAAACAUGAAAAUGCUUUUGCAGAUGGCAUUUAACAUUUAGGCCCACAAUAAGGAAACCAUCCCUGAAUCCUACUGGUCCAGCCAAACAGAGAGACAGCAGCUUACUAAUAAAUUACAUUUGACAAUAAUCAAAAUCAACCUGAGGCCAAAGAUGUACACAACAAAAUGUCCUGACCUCUCACUUUGUCUGGAUCGGUUGGGUCACAGAUGUGCUGUCCCUGACAAUGCCCCUGCCACUGACAGUAGAGCUACACGCAUUAACACGUGUUCGUAGGAUCCAUUGAUUGUGGGUUCUGGUCUUGUUGUGGGACAUGUUGACAUUUAGAAUAUCACCAGCUUUAACCUUAAAUGUUUUUGCUCAUCUUAGAACCGGAGGAAAAGUUUUUAGUGAAGACGAGUCAAAUUCAUCAUCACUCCAUCUCUGUCAGUGUACGGAUCUGAGCACAACAAACUUCGAGUCCUGUUUCCUGUAUCACUGUGUAGAAUGUACUUAGACGAGGACCAGUGUCUGGUAAAACACACAUCCUUGAAUGUAUAAGUGCAGAUGUGACUACUGAGUAUUUGACUUUAAAGUUAUUUGUACAGACAAACUGGAAUUAGCUCGGCUCGUGUUAUUUUAACGCUGUAUGUGUGCAGCCAUGUUUUCUGAUGAAUGUGACGUUUUAUUUCUUUGAUGUCGUGCAGCUCUGCCGAAGUAAGCGAGAGUUUAGUGGAUUGCUGUAUGUGCAUUGUUUUUAUUACCAAUGACUGCUCUCUGGUUUUCUUGUGUCGUGUAAAGGGAACUGUUAGAUAUAAGUUCACGCAUGUGUUCAUGUUUUUGUUGUUCCCUUUUAAAACGUAAGCUGAAAUGUCUUAAAUAGAAAGCAUCCACUGGAUUCAGUCUUAACGUGUCUUUCUUAAAACUACAGAAAACAAUCUGUAACUUAAUGUGAAAAUCCAUUUGAGAUUAGGGCCGAGAGAUUUUGCAAGAGACCAGAGUACAAUUGGAAAAACACGCAGUGACAGAAGACCUGCCAAUAAACAUAGUUGUGUACCUACAUA